GUGAGUCCCACGCGGAAGUCAGGUAGGACCCGCCUGGCUACACCGGCUCCGGUGCUGAGCCACCUCCAUUGGUGGAUUUGACCGCGAGGGCUGCCAGCAUGCAGCCCCAGGGUGAAGAGAGAUUCCAGAUCCUGGUGGGGACGGCAGGGGACAGCUACCCGCUGAUGGACAUGGCCACUCCUGAGCCUGAUCGCCCCGACCAGACCCUGACGGACUACGUCCUGGUGGCCGAUUACCGCACCCAGAGGGACCCCAGGCAGGUCUACCGGCAGCGGCAGUUCCUGAAGGAGUUGCAGGCCAAGGGCUUCCAGUACAAGGUGAAGGAGGACCAGGAGAAGGUGUUCUUCGGGAUCAGAGCGGACAGCAGGAUCUUCAGCCUGUACCGCACGCUCCUCAUGGAGCCCGAGGGUCCGGCCCCCAGAGUGGACUCAGCCCGGCCGAUGACCGUCCCGGACACCACCAGAAUCCGGAUCGUCAACUUCAUCCUCAACUGCAGGACGGCAGCCGGCGACACAUUCGAGGAUUUGGUGAAGGACGGGGUCUUCGAGACCCGGUUCCCCCUGCACAAGGGGAAGGACAACCUGAAGAGGACGUGGGCCCGUUGGAGAAACGUGUUCCGUAAGCAGCCCGUCGACGAUAUCAGGAACUACUUCGGUGAGAAGGUGGCCCUGUACUUCGCCUGGCUCGGCUGGUACACCUGCAUGCUGGUCCCCGCCGCACUGGUCGGCCUCAUCGUCUUCCUGAGCGGCUUCUCGCUGUUCAAUGCCAGCCAGAUCAGCAAGGAGAUCUGUGAGGCCCACGACAUCUACAUGUGCCCCCGCGGCGACCACCGGCGCCAGUACCAGCGCCUCUCGGACACGUGCACCUUUGCCAAGCUCACCCACCUCUUCGACAACGAGGGCACGGUGAUCUUCGCCAUCUUCAUGGCCCUGUGGGCCACCGUGUUCCUGGAGUUCUGGAAGCGGCAGCGGGCCCGCGUGGUGCUGGACUGGGACCUGUACGGGUGGGACGAGGACCAGGAGGAAGUGGCGCUGGAGCUCAUUAACUGCCCGGACUACAAGCUGCAGCUGCACCAGCACUCCUACCUGAAGAGCACCAUCAUCCUCAUCCUGUCCCUGCUCAUGAUCUGCCUCAUGAUCGGCAUGGCUCACGUGCUGGUGGUCUACCGCGUCGCGGCCGCCGCCGUCUUCAGCAGCUCGGCCCUGCCCUUCCUGGAGGACCAGGUGACCACGGCCGUGGUGGUGUCCGGGGCCCUGGUGCACUAUGUCACCAUCCUCGUCAUGACCAAGGUCAACAAGGUCGUGGCCCUGAAGCUCUGUGACUACGAGAAAUCCAGGACCUUCUCGGAGCGAGAGAGCAAGUUCACGGUGAAGUUCUUCACGCUGCAGUUCUUUGCGCACUUCUCCUCGCUGGUCUACAUCGCCUUCAUCCUGGGCAGGAUCAAUGGUCACCCCGGAAAGACCGUGCGCCUGGCGGGCUUGUGGAAGCUGGAGGAGUGCCACCUCAGCGGCUGCAUGAUGGACCUGUUUGUGCAGAUGGCCAUCAUCAUGGGUCUGAAGCAGACGCUCAGCAACUGCAUGGAGUACCUGCACCCGUGGCUGUCCCACAAGUGCCGCUCCAUGCGGGGCAGCGAGGCCCGGGACCCCGAGCUGAGGGACUGGCAGCACAACUACCGCCUGAACCCCGUCAACACCUUCAGCCUGUUUGACGAGUUCAUGGAAAUGAUGAUCCAGUACGGCUUCACCACCAUCUUCGUGGCCGCCUUCCCACUGGCCCCGCUGCUCGCGCUCUUCAGCAACCUCGUGGAGAUCCGCCUGGACGCCAUCAAGAUGGUCCGGCUGCAGCGGCGCCUGGUGCCACGCAAGGCCAAGGACAUCGGGACCUGGCUGCAGGUGCUGGAGACCAUCGGCGUGCUGGCGGUCAUUGCCAACGGGAUGGUCAUCGCCUUCACGUCCGAGUUCAUCCCCAGGGUCGUCUACAAGUACCGCUACGGCCCGUGCCGGCAGGGCGCCCGCUCUUCAGCCGACUGCCUCACUGGCUACAUCAACCACAGCCUGUCCGUGUUCCACACCAAGGACUUCGAGGACCCGGUCAGGAUAAAGGGCCCAGAGAACAUCACUGAAUGCAGGUACCGGGACUACCGCAACGCUCAGGACUACAACUUCUCGGAACAGUUCUGGACCCUCCUGGCCAUCCGCCUGGUCUUCCUCAUCCUCUUUGAGCACGUGGCCCUGUGCAUCAAGCUGGUGGCGGCCUGGUUCGUGCCCGACGUGCCGCAGUCGGUGAAGAACAGCGUUUUGGAGCAGAAGUACGAGGUGCUCCUGGGCAAGCUGCGCGGGGGGCCGAGGCAGCUGUGGGGGCCGGGCCUGGGCCUGAGGGCCACUCCUGCCUCCAGCUCCAGCCUCCGGAGCACGGAAGUGUAAGGGACCCGGAGCUGCUGCUGGCACCAGGCAGGGCUCAGCCGCCACCGCCGCCUCCACCCUGCUCACGGCCGUGUGUGUGUGUGUGGGGGUGUAAGAACGCUCACAUGUUUGUGGGUGUAUGUGAGGGGUCCUGGGAAGCCUUGUAUAUGUGGGGUCCUGGGAGGCCCUGUAUAUGAGGGACACUGGGGGGGUCUGUGUAUAUGAGGGGUCCAGGAAGGCCUGUGUAUAUGAGUGGCCUGGGGUGGCCCCUGUAUAUGAGGGAUCCUGGGGGGGUCUGUGUAUAUGAGGGGUCCUGGGAGGCUUGUGUAUAUGAGGGUCCCGGGGAGGCCCCUGUAUAGGGGAGAUCCUGGGGGGUCUGUGUAUAUGAGGGGCACUAGGGCACAGUGGGCAGCACACUUAGCUAUUCCAUCUGUUAGGGCUCAGGCUUGGCCCAACCCUGGCUUGAACUCCGGGUGGGCACUGCCCCCCAUACAACGGAAGGGGGUGCAGGCACAACACAGGAAAGCCAGCCGUUGCUGGGCCCGCUCUGGCUUCUGGGCCCCAUCCUGUCCCACCCCCUCCCUGGCUAGUCAGAGGCCCCGGCCCCACCUCUCUGGCUCCUCUUAGCCAGCAGAACUUUUUAUAAUAAAAUAAAACCUCUUUGUGCCA